AUGCGUGCUGCAUGGGGUGCACUGAAAGAAGCAGUACAGGAACUAAACGAAGUUCUUUUAGAAGAUGAAACUAAUGUGAACGAUGAAGACUUGUCUAAGUUGAGAGAAAAUAUGGCAUUUAAGCAUACUACAAAUAACCUUAAAGAUACCAGGUUAGCAGUAAACAAUGAUUACUCCACAACUUUGCUAGAUGAUAGUGUAAUAUUGGAGCACGAGAGCUGUUUACCAAGUGAGGUAACAAUGGAGUCUAGACUUGAAACUACUUUUACAACUAUAAAACACAAUUCAGAAUGCGCGGAUAGAAUUGACUUGGUUUCAGAUAAGCAUAGUAGACAAAUAGAAGAGGAUACCCAGCUUUUCACCAUCAACAAGUACCAGGAGGAAGAUUUAAGUCCUGAGAUAUACCAAUGUGAUAAAUCAGUUGCAGACGACAAAUUGUCCACAUCUGAAUCUACCAAACUUAAUAUUAAAUCUGAUACUUUUGUAGCAUAUAAUCCUACUUUCAUACGGCAGCUUAAUCAGAUUCUCCAGGUAGAGGUCAAUGACCUUCAAGAUCUGUCUAAUACUCUCCUAGGGCACUAUGGAGACUGGUUGGGAAUAAAAAAUCAAUUAAUUGGGGAGAAGGAAUUAAUAUUAGAUAAAUUACCUGAUCAUCUUCAGCUAUAUUUGCAAGAUGUUAUACUUAAGAAAGAUGCUCCAUUUUCUCUAGAAAUGACUGUGUUACUGGGGGAAUGCCUAAUAUAUCUUGUAAACUAUUUGAAAAAUCUUGAUACAUCUAAAUCUGAAAUGAAUGAGUUUUCUAAAGAAGAAACAAAAGUUGAGUUAUCUGACUUUUUCGCAAGUAUAGUCAAAGAAAAUGAAGACUUGAAAACAGAAAAUAUGAGGCUCUUAACUAUAAAUCAAGAUUACAUUACUGAAUUGGAGAGAUUGAAUGGGAUUGACAGUGAAGCAACUGAACUAAGGCAGACAGUUAAAGAUAUGACUACUGCACUUGAACAGACUAAAGUAGAGAUCACAACACUUAGAAACUAUGCUAAUAGCUUGACAAGUAUUGUUGAAUGUUUUCAAACUGAAGAAGAAGAAACUAAUGCUAGACAUCAAAUGGAAUUAGAAAAUGUCAGAGAAGAGGCACGCCGUUUAAAAGAUCAAAUACAGCUUCUAAAUACAUGUGAAUCUGAAGUUAGAGAUAUGAAGAGAGUUGUUAGCAAAUUAUCUAAUGAAAAACAGUCACUUGAAAAACAAAUACAGGACUUACAUGUAAACAAUCAAAAUUUAUUGGAAAAUAUGGAAAGAACACUGAUACAAAUGCAUGAUCUAAAACAAGAUUUGAAAUUUAACUUUGUUGACAAGCGUCUUGUCAUACAACUUAUUGAAAAGCAUAAUGAAAAGGGAGUAAAGAUAAAAUAUAGAGACGAUAUAUUUUGUAUAUUGUGUGAUAUUAUUGGAAUUAGCAAGAAAGAUAGAGAACGCUUAAAUAUUCUCCCAAAUGGAAAUUUAGACUCCACCAAGAAUCCUUCACUUAGAAAUACCGAGAAAUCUUCACUAAAAGGUCUUUCGGAGCUCUUUUUUGAUUUCCUAGACUCAGAAGUCACCGACAACAAGCCAUGA